AAACACUGGAGCCCAAACACUGCAGCCCUGACGGCUAUAACCACGCGCACGCCCGCCCUGGAUUUGCGGGGGAGUUGCACAAAAGAGUUCGCUGUGCGUUCUGCAGCUGGUGUUGUUUAUUUGGGCAUCCACAGCCACUCAGCGUGACGAUUGACAGGGUUCACGCGCCGAGCUUGCACCGUCCUGGCCGCAGCGUGGGCCUCCAAGCGGGAAAGAGCGCCUCGCUUACGCACCCUGCAGCAGGAGCGACCGACCAGCACACCAACCUCCUCCACCCUACCCAAACCUGUCUUGCUACACCACAAUCGACCUCGUCGCGAUCUGCCGACCCACUCUGCAAUGGCUGCUCCGAACCGCAGCUUUGCGGGGCGGAUAGCCUCCAUGAACUCGAUGGUCUCCGGCAUCGAGAACUGGGACGACGCCGACUUCGAGGACGGCGACGGCCUGCUGUUCAAGAACUCGACGGUGCACUCGCUGUCCUCGCGCCUGAGCGUGCGCUCCGAAAGCAACACGGGCGACGACGACUGGCAGGUGCUGCUGGCGCCCGACGACGACCUGGCCACGAACAAGGCCAUCUUCUCGGCGAAGCAGGCCGGCAUCCCCAUCCCCACGAGCGUGCCCGCGUCGGCGCUGCUGGGCGGCAGCAUCAAGCGUCUGGGCAGGCCGAAUAACCACAAGAAGAUCGAGCUCGACGACGACUGGGGCAACGACCUGGAGCUCCCGGACCCGGCCGCGGGCGGAGAGCUGAAGCUGAAGGCGCUCGUGCCACGAACGCUCGCCGACAGCGCCGACGACUUUGGCGACUUUGGCGACGACUGGGGCGAGGGCAGCCUGGGUAUCCGCUUUGCAGGCACCAAGAGAGACCCCCGCGGCGGACGCAGCUCGACGGCCUCUGCCAUGAGCCCGAGCAUGGGGAGCUGCAUGACGCUGGAGAGCGAAGACGACGACUUGGCCGGGCUCGAGCUGCCCACGGAGGCCAUGGAUUUCACCGCCCGCCUGAAUAGACUGAAGGCAGCUGAACAGUCCGCACUUGCGCCCUCGCCGUUCCCUAACCAGCAGCAACGUGAACCGCCCCCCACAUCCGUGCGCGCCGUGGUCCCUAGUGAGGACGUGCCCUUGGCUGCCGAGGAGUCCGUCCACCAGGAGCCCGCCGACGAUGAUUUUGAAGCAGACUUCGACCUGCCAGCCACAUUCCCUCCCCUGGCACUGACCUCAUCUCUUCCGCAGUCACCCGCAGUCACCCCUGUCACGUCGCCGCCGCUGAACAGUGAGGCGGCAUCGUCGCCCCAGCCGCAGCUUCAGCCGGCCAACGAGGAAGAGGAGUUCAUGGAAGGCCUCGAUUUCGGUGCAGGGGAGGUCCUUGACACCAGGAAGCUCACGCUAAACCGUAACAUUGUAGUGAAGAAAACAGCUUCCAAGCCAGCGACACCACCUGCUGCUCGACCUACCGCUUCCAUCACCUUCACUGACAAGCCAUCGUCGGGCUCCAGAAUACCUCGACCACUAACCACGACUGCUGCUCGUACUAGGCUCACUCCCGUCUAUGAGUCCGGCGCCCCAAUGCAUGGCAGCACUCGACCAAUGCCCACAACUACUAGUGCGCAGUACCUCAAGGCAAAGCGCUCGGCGCCGUUGCUCAGGAAUUCCAACUUCCAGCCCACUUCACGCUCGAGUGCACCCUUCCUGUCCGCCGGCAGCUCGACUGCCCAGUCACACCAUGUUACUGCCAGAGGCUCACAUGGCCAACUUCGACGCGACUCCGACCCGCGCCGGCCAUUGUCGCCCUCAAUGCGAUCCCACUCGCGCAUGUCUAUUGGUGGUCAGAUGGAGACACAGGCUUCCAGUCGCGCCACAGCUCGGCGAGACCUGGCUCCGUCUGCUCAAGGCCGUCACCCACCGCCACCAAAGAAGUUGACAAAGCCUCAACGAAAGCGCAAUUUCGGCGAUGGCCACGAACUUGACCUCUUCGACGACUUGCCAACAUCUGCCACCAAGGAGAAGCAGUAUGAGAAGACCCCACGCAACACUCCCAGCACAAAAACGCUUCGAUCGCAGACUAGCACAUCUCGCCUACCGAUGCCAGACCGCAUGGCCACACCGCUGCCACAAACACCCAAGAGCCCGCCCAAGACGGACAACACGCCACGAUUUGCUCGAGACACUGCUGCUAGUAGGAAUGCCCGUGAACAGCGUCUGGCAGGUACAAGGUCGCGAGGUGAAGGUCCCAUCGCGCCUGCAUCUCGGCCCGUCAGCUGGCAAGCACAAGUUGCUGCCCGCAGCCCACUCACGAGUCCGACUGCUCUUCGCAAGAAGAGUACGGGUCAGAAGCCCCAAUUGAUCAGGCAGAUGACACAACCAUACACACAAACCGAAAAAGGAAUGAUCUACAAUCCUUCCAUGCAGCGCUGGGAAGGUAACGAGGACGUUCUCGUCUCGUUUUCCCAGCCGAACAACUCCACCACAACUCUUGCAUUGACCACAGCAAGUACACCGACAUUUGCGCCACCAGGCAUGACGCACGGUCGCGCACACGACCGCUCGCAAUCCAUGUCACACAACCUACUGUCGUCGAUCCACUCUAGGAACCUCUCGUCGCCACGUCUGAUGAAGAUGCCAUCCAACCCGGCACCAGCACCUUCACCACCGCGUCCAGCGCUCAUCUCGCAGAUUUCAGCGCCUCGAGGUGUUCAAUACGACGGUCGCAUGGUCUUCGAUCCUGUCAAGAUGACGUGGCUCAAAGCUCCACGACACUCAACCGGUCCUACAUCGCCAAUGUCAGUCGGAGACCCAGACGACGAAGAAGAUCCCUUCGCUGGUCUUGACGACUUGAAGGACAACGAGAGUGUCGUAGGUGGUAACAAUAGCGGCGCAGGCGGCGCAGCUACCGGCGACGACCCAACAUUUGUUGGCGAAGAGUUCGACGUUGGCCCCAGCUUCAUCCGCAGACAACGCGAAGAAGAAGCUGUCUGGCGACGCCGAGUCGAAGGCUGGGUUGGCGGCAUCCGCGACCCUGGCGAGCAGCAUGGCGGAUGGCGAUGGGCGAUCCGCGAGUUCGCGGCGAGCGCGUCGGCCGGUGCCAUCGAAAACUACUAAACGCUUGCAUACAUGCGUUUCACCAUACUUAACGACUUAUGACUGCAUUGCACAUUUGGAUAUUGGGCAUAUACCCACCCGGCAAAAAGGCGUCUGGACAGUGUCCUGCUAGAGAUAUCCUCAGAGUGUUACGACGGGUGCUCGGAUAGACGCCUCACUCUUCACGACGUAUUUAUGACUUAUGAUUGUGUUUCUUGCAUGGAAGACGUGGGCUAUGUCGCUCCAGAUACAGGAUUGUAGGUUUUGGACUUUGACAUUUGCACGCGACGGGGCGUUCUGUUUAGCCUUCUGCAACGUAGUGCGACUAAUACAUAGGGAUCUUGAAAUACAUAGGAAUUUAUUGCCACGAAUGGACGA